UCAAGGCUCUGAUGCACGAUUCAAUGCCACUGUGAAAGGAAGCUGGAAGAUCAUGACCUGGAGUGUAAGAGGAUUCAUGGUUCUCAAUUUCCCCAUCACCGGUAACUUAACCACUGCCUCAAAUCAGUUCUCCGCCAGGUUCUGCUCCAGUGUUGACACCAGCUGUGUGGAGUUCACCAUUCAUAAUGUCACCCGCAGUGGUGAGGCCGGCCCGGUCAUUUGCAGUGUGCUGGGGGAUUAUGAAAGGAAGACGGCACAUCUUUACAUACAAGAGAGCGGUACGGUCAACGUCAAGGGAGGAAACGUGACGGUGAAGCAGGACCAGCAGGUGGAGUUCCAGUGUGUAACAUCUGCUUGGUUCCCCACCGCUUCUGUCAGCUGGACUCGAAAUGGCCAAGCUGUGAGCAGCAGCCUGUACAACACCACCAGCAUGGCCGAUGGGGAUACCUUCAACUCCACCAGCGUCCUGAAGUUUCAGGCGGUCAGCAACGCCAUGGUGGAGUGUCGGGCGACUGUGCUGUCACUAGCAAGUCCUCAAUCCAGCUCUGUCUUCUUGGUGGUUGUUCCCAAGCCUCCUGACUGGACCGUACUGAUAGCUGUUGUCGUGUCCAUUGGAGGUUUCGCUCUACUGGCUUUGCUAAUCAUCGGAAUCAUCUUCUGCUGCAAGCGCAGGAGAGAAAAACAACCCAUCUACCAGGAUGAAAUGAGCAGAAGAGUGAGGACACAGAGCCAGAUAAGUAGUGUCACUGCAGCUGGAAAGAGACAGGGUCAAGAGAACGCAGGAUACCUGCCGGAGGGUCAAACAAGCGUGGCUCCCAGCGAACUCAGUGACAGCGGCUUCUUCCAGGCAAACGGCUCCAAUGUUUUUGAGGUGGCUGACACUAACCAGGCAGGAAGAGGCUACAGUGUUGCCCACAUCACUGUGGGUGAGUCAGGUGUCAGGAAACACAGACAUGUCACCAUUGUUUAAGGAUAUAAAGAGGACCAAAACGUUCAGGAGUUUUUGGAACAGACAUAUAUUUAGUGCACUGCCUGUAUAAAGCUGUAUGUGCAGAAUGUAAACUUUCCGAAUUGUAUGAAAUGUAUUCCUCCUCAGUAACAGUAUCCUCACA